GUUAAGAUAUACAUUCGAUCGUGUAGUGGUGUAGCAGCGAGCCUAUGAGCAUGGCGGGAGAGGCGGGGCGGAAGGGCCGCGCCGCUGGGUGUAGUGGAGGAGACAGGGCCAUUCGCCGUCGUUGGGUUCAAAGUGACGUGUGACGAGAUGUCGAGAUGUCGAGAUGCGCAGGGAGAGGUUAGGCCUGGUUCCAAGGUUACACAUGGGUCUAUUGGCCUGUUCCAGCGUUCCAAAAUUCCUUCCUUGGACGCUGUUGACGCUGCUGACGCUGCCCGUUGUCAAGGCUGCCUGUCUGCCAAGCCUUACCGCCUCGACUCGUCGCCCCUCCAAGACGGGCGGGGAGCUUCACCACAAUUCCCCGCCGUAUCAGCUCAACCUCUCCACGCCACCACCACCAUCACCACCAUCACCAUCACCAUGGCCGACUCCUCCGCUUCUGCAACGGACGCCGUACCCGCCGAAUCACCAGCUCAGACCAAAGCACGACUGAGGAGAGAGCGGCUUGCCGCCAAAAGUGGAGCCUCCCGUCUGCAGCAGAUCACAGCACUGCAGGGAGGGCCGCCCAAGGAUAUCAGCGAGCUCCAAAAGGACGUGCCAGGUACCAUCAUCGCCUCCUUCAACUACUUCUCUUGAGCUGAUGCCGCCAUCGCAGUCAAACCCUCAGCAUCUCCUUCCCAGCUUACACCCGCUUUCUCUGGACCCGCUACGCCAGACCCUGACGAGAUAGACAUCUCCCAGCAC